AUGAAGAUAGUAUCUUGGAAUAUAAGAGUGUUAGGUAGGAUUGAGAAGAGAAUGAGAAUAAAAGAGUUCAUCAGACAGAGAAAUAUUGACAUGGUUUUGUUUCAAGAAACAAAAAGAUCAGAGAUGUCAGAGUUAUUUGUCAAAUCACUAUGGCUAGAAGAUUUGGUUGACUUCAUGGCAGUGAAUGCUGAUGGAAUUACGGGAGGAUUGCUUUGCGUAUGGAGGCCAGAGGUGUUUGAUUUGAUUGACUGUUGCAGUAAUCGAAAUUGUAUCAUACUCUCAGGUAAAAUACAUCAGUUAAUUGAAUGUGUGGUUGUAAAUGUUAAUGCACCCAAUGAUAGGAGUAUGAGAAGGAAUUUAUGGAAAAUUUUGGGUAAUCUAAAGCCUAAGUUUUCCAAACUAUGGUGCAUUGGGGGAGAUUUUAAUGAAAUUAGAAUAGUGGCUGAAAGAGAAGGUUGUAUUAGGAGGGAUGGUGAAAUGAAUGAGUUCAAUGAUUUUAUAAAUACAUUGGAGUUAGUGGAUGUUCCAAUGAUUAUGAGGAGGUAUACGUGGUGCAAUUCACAAGAAGGGGAGAUGUGGAGUAGAUUGGAUAGAUUCUUAGUUAGCCCUGAAUGGUUAGAAUGGUUUAGUUUCAAAUUGUGGGGGUUAUCUAGAUCAUUAUCUGACCACUGCCCAAUAUUACUAAUGGAGGAUGAGAGGGAUUAG